UGGGAGAUGCUUGGCAUCUGGGAGAGGUGUGGGGUGGCCCCCGUGGCUCCGUUGCACCCUGGGCAGGAUUUAUGGGGACGGGGAGUGAUGUCUGUGCUCCCCUUGGCAUCGCAGUGGCGUCGGGGUCCCUGUCCCUGUGGUGGGCAUGUGCCAUGUCCCUGCCCUGUGGGUGCUGGCUGGAUGGGGAUGUGGCACAGCGUGGCCCCACAAGUGGUCAUGGGGGGUUUGGGGACAUCUGUUUGUCCCCAUUGGGGUCCCACAAGUGGCUGGGGUUGGGUUUGGGACACCAGAUCCGUCCUUGGUGGGGCUCUACAUGUGGCCAAGAGUGGGUCUGGGGACACCAGGCCUGCCCCAUUGGUGCUCUACAGGUGGCUGGGGUUAAGUUUGGGACACCAGGCCUGCCCCAAUGGGGCUCUACAGGAUGAGUUCCACCCCUUCAUCGAGGCGCUGCUCCCCCACGUGCGGGCCUUCGCCUACACCUGGUUCAACCUGCAGGCCCGCAAGCGCAAGUACUUCAAGAAGCACGAGAAGAGGAUGACGAAGGACGAGGAGCGGGCGGUGAAGGACGAGCUGCUGAGCGAGAAGCCCGAGGUGAAGCAGAAAUGGGCCUCGCGCCUCCUGGCCAAGCUGCGCAAAGACAUCCGGCCCGAGUGCCGCGAGGACUUCGUGCUCUCCAUCACCGGCAAGAAGCCAUCGUGCUGCGUCCUCUCCAACCCCGACCAGAAGGGCAAAAUGCGCCGCAUCGACUGCCUGCGGCAGGCUGACAAGGUGUGGAGGCUCGACCUGGUCAUGGUCAUCCUCUUCAAAGGGAUCCCCCUGGAGAGCACCGACGGUGAGCGGCUGGUCAAAGCGGGCCAGUGCACCAACCCCAUCCUCUGCAUCCAGCCCCACCACAUCAGCGUCUCCGUCAAAGAGCUCGACCUCUACUUGGCCUAUUUCGUCCGUGAGAGAGAUUCCGAGCAGAGCAGCAGUCCCCGGACGGGCAUCGCCUCGGAUCAGGAGGACACCAAGCCCAACACGCUGGACUCUACAGACUUCCAGGAAAGCUUCGUCACCUCGGGGGUGUUCAGUGUCACCGAGCUCAUCCAGGUGUCCCGAACGCCGGUGGUGACGGGCACAGGCCCAAAUUUCUCCCUGGGGGAGCUGCAGGGCCACCUGGCCUACGACCUGAACCCCUCCAGCACGGGCAUGAGGAGGACGUUGCCCAGCACCUCCUCCAGCGGGAGCAAACGGCACAAGUCUGGCUCCAUGGAGGAUGACAUCGACACGAGCCCCGGCGGCGAGUAUUACACCUCGUCCAACUCACCCACGAGUAGCAGCCGCAACUGGACAGAGGACAUGGAAGGGGGCAUCUCCCCCAACGUGAAGACAGAGAUGGACAAAUCGCCCUUCAACAGCCCCUCGCCGCAGGACUCCUCACCCCGCCUGAGCAGCUUCACGCAGCACCACCGUCCCGUCAUCGCGGUGCACAGCGGUAUCGCUCGCAGCCCGCACCCUUCAUCCACGCUGCAUUUCCCCACCACCUCCAUUCUCCCCCAGACGGCCUCCACCUACUUCCCGCACACGGCCAUCCGGUACCCGCCUCAUCUCAACCCGCAGGACCCACUGAAAGAUCUCGUCUCGCUGGCCUGUGACCCGUCCAACCAGCAGCCUGGACCGUUAAAUGGAAGUGGUCAAGUGAAAGUGCCCAGCCACUACCUGCCCACGCAGAUGCUGGCACCGCCACCUCCCCCCGGCAUGCCCCGCUUGGCCGUCUCUCCUGACACCAAAUCAGCCACGACAACUUCGGAGGGAGGGACGACCUCACCGACGUCACCCACCUACUCUGCACCAGGCACGCCCCCUGCGAACCGUUCCUUCGUGGGAUUAGGACCAAGGGAUCCUGGGAGUAUCUAUCAGGCACAGGUGAGAUGGGGCGGGUGCUGGGGGGACCCUGCUGCCUUCGCCCUGUGUGGCAUCAGCGUGAGCGUCACCGCCGUGGGCACCGUGCUGUGGCAGUGCUGCAGCGGGCAUUGCUGACUGGACACUGCAACAGGGGGGCCUUGCAACAGGAGGCAUCACUGCUGUGGUGCUGCAGCAGUGGGCACUGCAGUAGUUUGGAUAUCACUGCCUUGGUGCUGCAGCUGUGGGCAGUGCAGCAGUGAGCAUUGCUGCCGUGGUGCUGUAGCUGCAGGCAUUGCAGCUGUGGCGUCACUGCCAUGGUGCUGCAACCUUGGGCAUUGCAACUGUGGGCUUUGCAACCAUGGUACUGCAGCUGUCAUUGCAGUAGUGGGCAUCACUGCCUGGUGUUGCUGCUGUGGGCUUUGCUGCCAUGGUGCUGCAACCGUGGGCAUUGCAGCUGUGGGCUUUGCAACCGUGGGCAUUGCAACCAUGGUGCUGCAACUGUGGGCAUUGCAGCUGUAGGCAUUGCAGUAGUGGGCAUCACUGCCGUGGUGCUGCAGCCGUGGGCAUUGCAGCUGUGGACGUUGCAGUAGUGGGUGUCAUUGCUGUGGUGCUGCAGCUGUGAACACCACUGCUGUAGAGCUGCAACUGUAAGCACUGCACCGGCAGGCAUUGCUGCUGUGAGCGCUGCACCGAUGCCGUGGCAUUGCAACCGUGGUGUUGCUGCCGUGGGCAUCAGCACUGUGCUCUUGCAGACGUGGCAUUGGCACCAUGGGCAUCGUGGUGUCACCAAGGCAUCACUGCCUCAGGCACUGCAGCUGUGGCACUGCCACCACGCUGUUACUACUUCAGGCAUCGCCGCGCCACAGGCACUGCAGCCGUGGGGAUUUGGGCUGUGGGCAUCGCCGCCGUCCGACCGCCGCCGUGGGCACAGCCAGCACCGUGAGCAUCGUCACCAUUGUCACUGCAGCGUC